ACCGGAAGUAAAUCAGAAGUCUAAGUACCGGUGUCUCUUGUUCGCUUACCGGUACAAAAAACAGGACACUCCUUAGGGGGAGGCCUGUAUCGUCCUUGGAACCUGACCUGACCUACUUCUGUCUUGCUUUGCUUUGUGAAUACUUGGUAGAAAAUUGCACUUUGUCGAUUUCCGUGUUAUCGAAAACUUUCGUGGAACCAGCGUUUGAAUAACACUGAACUGAACAGUUGGCUUUGAACGAGUCGCCAUCAACAGCCCUCAACUACCAGCUCCCACCUUGUGUGAUCGACACAGCAGGUCACUGGCUGGUAACUCGGUACAUCACAGGGCCUACGAACUUAGUAGCAGGUCGGUGUAUGGUGUAACUGAUCGUCAGUCCCGAUCUAUGAACCUCCUCUCGCGUUUCUUCAAGAGUUCAUCCUUUAUCCUCGUUAAACGAAGUAGAUACUACAAGCCCUUUCUCGAUCCAAUGAAACCGCCUGGAACAAUUUCGAUUACUGUCUUGGGUUCCGGCUCCAAUGGUGGCGUUCGUUCUCUCUUACUGAAUACGGGUACCACUCGAUACUUGAUUAACUGCGGAGAGGGGACACAACGUGCCCUGACAGAACACAGAUCGAAAGCUGCUCGUCUACAUCACGUUUUCUUCACCCAAAUGUCGUGGGAUUGUGUCUCAGGCCUCUUGGGAAUCGCAUUGACUGCCAGAGCGGCUGGUGUCAAGAAGCUUACAGUUCAUGGUCCACCACAAAUAGAAGAAUGGAUGGGCGUGAGUCGGCAUUUCGCGGAUUGCGAGACAACUGAUAUUGUGUCCAGCGAAAUCCUUUCUACACCAUUUGUCGAUAAUGCUUUCAAGGUUCAGGUAUUCCCCACGACCGUGACGCCAUCCCUUCGGGAACCAGAUUCCAAACGCGCCAAAUUAGAAAUCGAUGAUACAGCAUGUCGCACAACUUACGCUUAUUAUUUUCAGCCGAUACAACCACGUUUGAAACUCGACAAGGACAAAUGCUUGGCACUCGGACUUCCAAGGUCUGUUUUGGAAUCACCUGCUGUGCGGUGCUUAUUAGAAGGUGAAGACCUGAAGCUUUCUGGUGGAUUGCUGAUCUCAGCUGAUGAGGUCACUUCACCCGCUCCGUUUACCCCAAAUUUCUUGGUUUUGGACUGCCCGAACUCGGAUUUUAUAUCCGCACUAUCGGACAACCAGAACCUGUUGCACGCACUAGUGACACCGCCAAAGGAGGGAAAUUUGUACGCUGGAGUCUCUCUGAUUAUACAUCUUAUCCCUAAAGGAAUAUUCUAUUCAUCGGAGUACCAAACACUUGUUAAACGACUGACCGAUUGGCUGGAAAUGCACCCCAUCAGUGUAGCUGGAUCGGAUCCGUCGUUGACUUCCAGGCUGCAACAUUUGGUCGUCGACGGGAGUGGCUGUAUUCCACCAGUCUCUGGUAUCUACUCACAGUCCACUAUUCUCCAUCACUUCUUCGACCGUGACGUGUACCCCUUGCUGUUCGACAUGCAAUCGGAAACGCAACAAAAGGCUAUCUCGGAAGCGGUCAAAGAACACACAGAUCCGUUCGCUCCUGUCGUCUUUGCCCAAUCUCAAAUGCAGUACUGCUGUCGACCUUGGAAUGGGUUUGUCACUCCUGAAUAUGAAGAAUUCGAGAUGUCCCGACUGUUGGAUGAGGCCUUCGAUCCUCUCUAUGUCACACGUGAGGAGGCUGAAUGCGAAUUCCGCAAGAUGCACACCACUGUCGCAGAAAGUUGCCCCACGAUAUCUUCAGAAACUUACCCCGAGAUCACUUUCUUGGGUACCGGCUCAUCUUCCCCGAACAAGUACCGCAAUAUAAGUUGCAUCCUCAUCCAGCUGAAUUCCGACGACUACAUCAUGUUGGACUGCGGCGAAGGCAGCUUAAAUCAGCUUUACGCCCUGCAUGGUCCUGUGAAAGGCGAUUCCAUAUUGCGGCAAUUGCGGCUAAUUUUGGUGACUCACAUGCAUGCAGAUCACCACGGGGGCGUCCUCUCUGUGGCCAUUUCCCGCGCUCGCCUUCUUCAGCAGAAUUCGGAGACUCCGUCUUCUAACCUGUCAUUUUUGUCACUGCCCGUUCUUGCUCCUCCAGCUUUCUCUCGCUGGAUGACGCGGUUUCAUGAGCUGUACUCCCACCACCCCUUUGUCAAUUUGUACAUAGUGCCUUAUUUGUACGAAUCCCCAUCCCCGACCCCGAUAUGUCCGAUUAAAUCCAACAGUCCGCUUGCCACAGAGUGGAGCUCACUACUGAAACGAUUAGAACUGGAGGUUCAUCCAAUCAAGGUUCCGCACACAGGCUCUUCAUGGGCCUAUUUACUCCGCGGUCAACGAAUUUCAUCCCCUGAUCACACCGGUGAUGGUUCUCAUCAUUGGAGCCUCGUCUAUUCCGGGGACACACCCGAAUGUCCCGAUCUAGUGGAGGGUGGAAAGCAUUGCGAUCUGCUCAUCCAUGAGGCUACCAUGAUAGAUGAACACGAAGACUUGGCUGUGCGGGCCAAACACAGCACCCUUAGCUCUGCUAUCAGAACUGGUGAACGGAUGGACGCCCGUUUCACACUCCUGACCCACUUCAGCCAACGGUAUGGCCGAUUGCCCAUGUUAGACACUUUCAGCAAAAAUGUGGCAACCGCUUUCGAUUUCAUGAAGAUCAAAUUCAGCGACCUACCCAGACUCUCCUACUACGUCCCAUAUUAUAAAUACGCUUUCAGAAAACACUGGGAUACACAACAAGCCAAAACAGAGGCAUACACUUGGCGUAAAUAUCGCAAUGAACACCUCCCAAACGAGGCAAAUGGUGCUGUACGAGAAAUGCCGAAACAGCUGCAACAGUCAGUUGCCGAGUGAUAUUGUAGUUAGCUCCCCACCCACCCUUUCUACAUUGCUACGCGGUCUCAUUCUUUUUCCGACUCCGCAACAGAUUGUGGCCGGUGUUGUCCCGCCUCAGGAUUACAGUCACAUUCUCACUCCUUUCCCCGGUAACGGUAAUAAAUGAAGUGACUCCGAAUUGUAUUUCUUGUUACGACUUGAUGAAUUUGCGACAGACAUGGUUUACGUAUCCGACUGGGAUUUCCGUCUG